AUGGUCAGUCUCCACACUUUUAAUCUCUGGUCACGAGUUGGAGAUAAGAUUAAAGUUCCUGAAGACACUCUUUUGGCUCAUGUUCCUUGUCAUGAAAACUCACACUUUUGUCAAGGUUUGAGUGCCGAAGACUAUCAUACUGUAGUUUCGUAUAGAAAUGGUCAAAACACUGGAAAAACUGAGAAUAUUGGAGACGAGGAGUUCUAUGAAAACUGGAUUGAAUUAUCAAUUCUCGGCCCAAUUCAGAAAUUGUCAAAUGAAUCAGAACUUUCGAAAUUCAAAAAAGGAAUUGUAAACGGAAAAAAGAGAUUAUCAGUAACAAUUGGAGUAUUCCCAUCAGAACAGGAUACUUCAUUCCAACAUUUCCAAAUUUCUGCAGAGAAAUUAGCUGGAAAAUAUUACAGUUCAUACUUUAUCAAUGAGAAUUCGAAACCAGCUAUAACUACGUAUCGUCACUCAGAAAAACAAAAACGAACCGAUUAUUCUGGAAAGUUCGAUCCAGCCAGUGUGAUGGAAUUCAUUACCAAAUCCUCAAUUCCAUCUGUGAUUGAUAUCUCUACUGGAUUCACAACGGAAAUCCUAUUUUAUCAGAAACGUCCAAUUUUGAUUCUUUUCGGUGAAGAAUUCGAGCCAUUUUCGAAACUUUCUGCUCGUCAAGAUGCUAGAAAACAUUACAUUUUCACAAAAAUAAGCGGUGAAAAUAGGAAUAUUCAAAAAGCAAAAGAGGCCCUAGGAGUUGUUGGAAAUGAACCAGUUAUAGUUUUACUCAACAAGGAUCGUGUUCACCUAAUCUCAAUCUCUAAACCAAAAUGUCCCGAUCACCUCCAGAAACUCCUUCAAAUGAUAAGUACUUCUGAGGCUGACAAAGUUCUUUCAACAAAAAAUCCCCAUCCAUUGUGUUUUCUUCAAGUUGAAAGAGUAAAUGAAAUUUUCGGUUUCGAGGAGACAAUCGUACUUCCCGAUCACACUCUUUUUAUGGAUUCUGACCCAUUCUCACGUCAUCCAGCAAUAUCCGAAUCAGGAGGUUCUGGAGGAUGUCCGUUCAUGCAAGGAGGUGGCGCAGGUGGAGCUACAGAGGGUGGUCACCACUCAGAACUUUAA